AUGAAGAUACCUUCUUCAAUUGUCUCGUUUCUCAUCACUCUCCUGUUGGCUGCAGCUAUCUGCACCCACGGACAAGAACCGGUGAAGGACACGGAUGGAAAUGCAGUUAAAGCCGGCGAACAAUACUUCAUCCAGGCGGUUAAGACCGAGAGUAACAACGGAGGUGGUCUUGUCCCAGCCGCCAUUUCAGUAUUUCGCUUUUGUCCACUUGGAAUCACCCAAUCACUCCUUCCAAGUCAACCGGGCCUACCGGUUACCUUCGGAUUUCUAUCCUCGGACACGGACACCACCGUUACGACAUCCACCGAUGUAACCAUCGAGUUCCAGGCCGGAAUCUGGCCGUUCUGCAAAGACUUGUCCAAGUUAUGGGAAGUCGAUGAAUCCUCAUUGGCUAGCGAGGAGCCAGCGAUUCUCAUCGGUGGUGUACCGGAGCGAACAAAUAGCCAGUUUAAGAUUGAGGAAGCCGGAGCAAACACUUACAAGUUGACCAGCUUGACCGGAACCGUUGGAGUCAGCCCAGGGAUUUGGGGAACACAACUAGUUCUCACCAAUGAUGACGCUAAGACCAUACUCGUUAAAAUCAAAAAGGUUAACAAUGAUGCCAGUACGGCUGCUACAUCCACUUCUCGUGUUGAGAAGUUGGGUCUAAGGAUGUUCACGUUCUACUAG